AUGGAGAUGAGUUUGAAUCUGGCAUCAUCUUCAACCUCAAAUUCAGUUUUCCUUUUUAAUCCGAUUCUCUCAGGGAAACAACUCGCUUUCCCAAUUCGACACCAGAGAAUCCCUAAAAGAGUGAAACCCUUCUGCGUUAACUCUUCGAUUAACUUGUCUGGACCAAGACAAACCCUAUCUAGUAACUGGGAUGUGUCUAGCUACUCCGUCGAAUCUCUCUCCCAAACUUCUUCUCGUCUCCCCAGUUUCGAGGAACUCGAUACCACUAACAUGCUUCUCCGUCAGAGAAUCGUCUUUCUGGGCUCUCAGGUCGAUGACAUGACAGCAGAUUUGGUCAUAAGUCAGCUCUUGUUGCUAGACGCUGAAGACUCAGAGAGAGACAUCACAUUGUUCAUCAACUCACCCGGUGGAUCUAUCACUGCUGGGAUGGGAAUAUACGAUGCGAUGAAACAAUGCAAGGCCGAUGUAUCGACCGUUUGCUUAGGUCUAGCCGCGUCAAUGGGCGCGUUCCUCCUCGCUUCAGGCUCGAAAGGGAAACGCUACUGCAUGCCUAACUCUAAAGUUAUGAUCCAUCAACCACUUGGUACCGCUGGAGGCAAAGCAAUGGAAAUGGGUAUACGUAUAAGAGAAAUGAUGUACCACAAGAUUAAACUAAACAAGAUCUUCUCUAGAAUCACCGGCAAGCCUGAAUCUCAGAUUGAAGGUGACACAGACCGAGACAAUUUCAUGAAUCCAUGGGAAGCGAAGGAGUACGGUUUGAUCGACGCUGUGAUCGACGAUGGAAAACCGGGACUGAUCGCGCCGAUUGGAGAUGGUUCUCCUCCGCCUAAAACCACAGUUUGGGAUCUUUGGAAAGUUGAAGGAACCACGAAAGAUAACAAGAACUUGCCUACCGAACAGUCGAUGAUACAGAAUGGCGUAGCCACUCCCGAAUAA